CAGACGCACACACGUGCGCCCGGCACUCACUAGAUAACGACUGGAGCUCGAGCAGAAGAAGCCCAGACGUAGAGUCCGGGGAGCGGCGCGUGGAGCAUCCUCUGUUCCUCGCGCCGGAGCUGUGGGGGGGGGAGGCUCGCGGAGGCCAUGGAUCACAUAGGGAUAGGCCUACUGGGGGCGCAUCUGCAGCAGCACACGCACGCCGAGCCCAUCAGCUUCGGCAUCGAUCAGAUCCUCAGUAACGUGGAGCAGAGCUGCAUGCUGGGCGCGAGGAUGCACGAGCCGGACUACGGACACGGGGCCUACGACAGCUGCGCGAGCAGCGGCGCGAACGGCGCCGGCUAUAUGUACGGUAACACCGGGUAUAACGGCAGCGGCGGCUCGUGCGGGAUGGCUUCCCUCGGCGGGGCUUAUCACAUGAACGUGGGUGUGAAUGUGAACGGGACUAACGUGAGCUCCUCGAGGGUCAUCCGUGUCCCCGCGCACCGGCCGGUGAGCGGCGGGAACUCCUCCGCUCCGCCGGUGAGCGGCGGCGGGAACAUCAGCAACAUGACCGCGCUGACGUUCCCCUGGAUGGAGAGCAACCGACGCUACACCAAAGACAGGUUCACAGUGUCCCUCUCACCCCUCACUGUAACACGUCGUGUAGGUCACCCCUACCAGAACAGGACGCCUCCUAAGAAGAAGAAACCUCGGACGUCAUUCACUCGGCUGCAGAUCUGUGAGCUGGAGAAGCGGUUCCAUCGGCAGAAGUACCUGGCGUCUGCCGAGCGGGCCGCCCUCGCCAAAGCCCUGAAGAUGACUGACGCCCAGGUCAAAACCUGGUUCCAAAACAGACGCACCAAAUGGAGGCGGCAGACGGCGGAGGAGCGGGAGGCGGAGCGGCAGCAGGCCAACCGGAUCCUCAUGCAGCUGCAGCAGGAGGCCUUCCAGAAGACCAUCAACCAGCCGGUCACCCCUGACCCGCUGUGCCUGCAGAACAGCUCUCUGUUCGCCCUGCAGAACAUGCAGCCAUGGACCGAGAACACCGCCAAGAUCUGCAGCGUGUCGGCCUGCGAGUAGAGCCGACAGUCUGCGGAGCCGCGGAGGGUCGCGCGUCCUCCCACUGGGUAUCUGCGCCUGUACCGAGUACCGACUGACUGCUAAAGGGCAGAUACAGGGGCGUAGCCCGCGGAGGAGCUCAAAGGAGAACCGGUAUUGGUUAUCGGGUCAGCUCCCUGCUCUUAUUAUCACCACCCUUCUGUCAAAAACACACUGGUGCUGCAUCUAACAACAGGCAUGCUUCAGAUGGCGUCCCUCAGCGCAUUGGGGUCCACAGUCUGAUCUGGAUCCUUGAGAGGUCUGGACUGAAUCAGCCCUGCGGAGACCACAAUGAGAUUUUGGAAAUAUUUCGGAGGCAUCAUGAUGAACUUUGUGCUCCAUAAAAAAAA